AUAUCUCUUUUCUUUUGAAUAAUAAACAAAUAAAAAUCUUCUUCGAGCGGCUUCGUUACGAAUGGAUGACAUUAAAAGCUACAGAUGAAAUCGAUAUAUUAAGAAAAUACGCCGAUUUUUCCAGACUAUUUACGGCGACAAUGACGGUGCUGAUGUUACUUCUUCUGAACUCUUUCGGCUUGUUUCAAUUUCUUCCGAACCUUCUUGACAUUAUUAUACCGCUUAAUGAAUCUCGUGAGCGUCAUUUCACAUUCUUAGCCGAGUACUUCGUCGAUCAAGAGCAAUACUUUUAUUUUAUUUUAACACAUAAUCUAAUGGCCGUUUAUAUCGGAGGUAUUUCAAUACUUUCUACUGGUACCAUGCUUAUGGGAUUUAUAAUGCACAUCUGCGCAAUGUUGAAAAUAGCAAGUUAUCGUCUUGAACAUAUAAACGAUAAUUUACCAUCAGUAUCUAUAUCCGAAAAAGAUUACAUUAUUUGUAAAAGAAUAAUCAACGCCGUUGACAUACAUCGCAGAGCGCUCGUGUUUGGCGAAUAUAUACUAUCUAGAUAG